UCGUAGGCGAUGCAGUUUGCCGCAGAUUGGCAUCCAAGGGAUUAGCGCGCUCCGCAAGCAACCUGUUGAAAGUGACAAUCGAGAUUCGAGCAAUUUUUUCUUCGAGCAUCCAGUCAAGGUUACUGUAAUAAUGAGGCUCCACAGCAUUGUACCGAAUUUUAAGGCCGAGACCACGCAGGGCCCCAUCGAUUUUUACGAGUGGCAGGGCAACUCAUGGGUAGUUCUGUUCUCUCACCCUGCCGACUUCACCCCCGUGUGCACCACCGAAUUGGGUCGCAUCGCAGUACACCAGCCUUACUUUGUUAAGCGCAACACCAAAUUGUUGGCUCAUUCCGUUGAUAAACUUAAAGACCAUGUGGACUGGGUCAAUGAUAUUAAGUCGUACUGCCUAGACAUUCCUGGAGCUUUCCCGUAUCCCAUCAUUGCUGAUCAUGACCGCAAACUCGCCGUGCAACUGGACAUGAUCGACGAGAAGAACAAGGAUGAUCCGGAAACCGCUACGACCGUCCGCGCUCUGUACAUUAUCAGUCCGGAUCAUCGUUUGCGAUUGUCUAUGCAAUAUCCGCAAUCCACCGGACGUAAUGUCGAUGAAAUAUUACGUGUGAUUGAUUCGCUGCAGCUCGUCGACAAAAUACCAGAAAUAGCAACGCCCGCUAACUGGGUGCCGGGCGAGAAGGUGAUGAUCUUGCCGACAGUGAAAGACGAGGAUCUUCCGAAACUCUUCCCGGGAGGUGUCGACCGUGUAAACAUGCCUUCCGGAAAGGUCUACGUCCGCACCACCACCGAUUAUUAAUUGAAAAUUAAUUCUCUCUACAACACGAAUAUACUUACACAUUCCGGAUUUCUAUCGAAAUAUCUUUUCUUUAAUUUGACAUGCUUGAUGUUGCGCUUGUAGCUUUUCGAAUCCACAUGUGAGAUUGAAAGUAUGUAUUUAUGAAAAUUGUUCUAAUACAAAUUGCAGUGGCAGCAAUUUUAAUACUUUGCACUUAUAGAGUUUAAGUUUCUAGAUUUUUGGAUUUCAAAAUCUUUAUCUCAAAUUGUUUUCAAUUAACAUAUUUUUAAAUUUUAUGUUAUAAUUUCUUUUAGCUAUAUUUAAUUUUUCACAGUAAUCAUUUUGGCAAUCCUUAAAAGUAAAUAUGUCAAAUUUUAUUGCAAUACGAAAUUGUAUCAUUGUAUAUAUAAUUUUUUAGUAUGAUAUGUCUUCUUUAACAUGAAUAAUCUUGCAACUGAUAGAAACACUAAUAUAUGAAAUACUUACCACAUUUUCCGGAAGUUUGUGUCCAGGCAAAUAUUUAACGUUCUCGUGCAAAUUGUUGAUGAUGUCAGUAAGCUUCUCAUUAUUAAUGAUUUCUUCAUACACAUACAUUGUCACUCGAGUUUCGAAUAUGUUGUUGAACUUCAUAACAUUCGCGCCAACGAUCUUCGCGAUCGCAGAGCCCCUGAAAUAAUACGUCGCAUGUUACAAAAAGAUAUUUUGCACAAAGAAUAUGUAUUUGUCACUUCAUUACUUUUGAUUAAUAAAAUGUGAUGUAUUAAUAAAUAUAUUAUUCUUAUAUAAUUAUA